AUGGCUGUGGCUCCUUUCCUGGUGAUUUUAGUCCAAGUGGUAUUGUUACCAUCUGUUUGUGGAGGAGCAUAUUACGGGCACAAACCACGUCAUCAACAGCAUCAGCCUGUACCUCAUAUACCUCACAAAGGUAUUGGAAAAGAGAUGUCUCAUAUGCAUUAUCCAUAUUACCGGAAAGAAGUGCCACAAUUACCUAUGCAUAUGAACAAAGGCAAGGACAAAAAAGGUGAGACCAUCCCGAGAGGUAUGCAGGGUAUUCCAGGAGAAGCUGGACCACAAGGACCUCCAGGACGACAAGGACCACCAGGGGCUCCUGGGCCUCAGGGAAAUGGUAGGCCAGGCCCUCCAGGAAAUCCAGGUCUUCCUGGCCCCCCAGGGUUGCCUGGUGUUGGUAAACCAGGAAUGCCAGGCAUGCCAGGGAAGCCUGGUGAUAAGGGACCACCAGGAGAACAAGGUGAACAGGGACCUGGUGGAGCAGAGGGGCUACCAGGAAUGACAGGACCACCUGGUCCCCCAGGACCCCCAGGAUUGCCAGGAAUUGGGAAGCCAGGUGGCCAAGGACUACCAGGACUGCCAGGACCCAAAGGAGAACCAGGACACAAAGGUCUGCCUGGUCUUCCAGGGUUGCCUGGGCCUAAAGGGGAUAAGGGAAUUGGACAGCCUGGGCCACAAGGCCCAAAAGGCCCACCUGGGGCCCCAGGACUACCUGGGCAUAAAGGACUGCCAGGGGUGGGUAAGCUUGGACCACCUGGUUUGCCAGGAGCACCAGGUAAACAAGGACAACCUGGACCACCUGGACCACUUGGCCCAGAUGGUCCACAAGGCUUGGAGGGCAAACAAGGACCACAAGGACUGCCUGGCAUUGGGAAACCAGGUGAACGUGGACUGCCAGGACAGCCAGGUGUCACAGGUCAGAAAGGACUACCAGGGCCACCAGGUUUGCCAGGGAAGCCUGGAUUACCUGGAUUUGGAAAACCAGGAUACUCUGGCCCAAAGGGUGACAAAGGAAUUGGUGGCCCACCUGGUCCUCCAGGACCAAAAGGUGACAAAGGAUAUGGUGGUGCACCUGGUAUGGUUGGACCCUCAGGGCCCAGUGGUCCUCCUGGGCCUCCAGGACCAGUAGGACUGCCUGGUGAUAUUGGUGCACCAGGACCAAAAGGACAGGGAGGUGAAGGUGGAGCAAAGGGAGAGCCAGGGCUUGUAGGAGAGCCAGGACCUCCAGGACCUAAAGGCCAACCAGGUCAAACAGGAGAGGAUGGUGAGCCUGGUCCACGGGGACCACCAGGACCUAUCGGUCCCAAAGGAAAUGAAGGAGAGAAGGGUAAACCUGGGUCCCCUGGCCCUUCUGGCAUACCUGGCCUUAAAGGAGAAGGGGGUGCACCUGGUCCCGAAGGGCCUCAGGGUCCUAAAGGCAUCCCAGGGCUUACAGGACCAGGGGGACCAAUUGGACCACCUGGACCCCCUGGGCCUAAAGGAGAAGCUGGGCCUCCUGGCCAAGCUGGUCUUCCAGGUAAGGGAAGCCCUGGUACAACAGGCCCUCUUGGUCCUCCUGGUCCUCCUGGGCCUCCUGGACCAAGUGGUUCACCAGGCCGGCCAGGUAAACCAGGUCCUCCUGGACCCCCUGGACCACUUGCCUUAAACCCUGACCUCAUGGGUGUUCUGCCUGAGAUGGGACCAGCCCUGGAUGGAGUGAAGGCUAGUGGGUAUAUGAAAGGAAAAUUUGGAGGUAAAGCUAAUAUAAUGGGUUCUAGUGGUCUAGAGAUGCCUGCUUUUACUGCACAAAUGACAACACCAUACCCUCCAGUUGGUACACCAGUGAUAUUCGACAAGCUAUUGUAUAAUGGCCGACAGAACUACAACCCAAAGACAGGUGUGUUCACCUGUGACCUUCCUGGUAUCUACUACUUCUCAUACCAUGUGCAUUGCAAAGGUUCCAAUGUGUGGGUGGGUCUGUACCGAAAUGGAGAACCUAUUAUGUAUACAUAUGAUGAGUACAAGAAGGGUGUUUUGGACCAGGCUUCUGGCAGCGCUGUGGUUCCAUUACAGCCGGGAGACACAGUUCACAUGCAGUUACCCUCUGACCAGGCAUCUGGACUCUAUGCAGGGCAAUAUGUCCACUCUUCUUUCUCUGGUUUCCUACUCUACCCCAUGUAG